GCCAUGACAUAAGGUAGCACUCUCAGCAGAAUUAAAGAAGACACUAAGAUGCAGCGAUGAACUGCUUUAAAAAACUCCUCACUUGACAGAAACUAUUGAAGCUACUGACCUGGAUCCUCGGAAGAAGAACCAACAUUAAAGUCAUUCUACAGAAUCAAACUCAUCAUAGUGAUCAGCCCUGACUCAGCCCCUCUUCUGCUGGUGUUUAACAAUGAGACUCAUUCUGCUGAACCUAAGAUCACAGCCGGAACUACAAGAGGUCAUUGUGAAAGUCAGCAGCAGUGUCUCUGUGCAGACACUGGUAACACAUAUGGGCGUUUGCCAGCUUAUAUUGACUGGAGGCUUCUUGAUCAUGUCUGCUGAGUGGGUUUUCACAGGCGGGGCUGAACACAGUCGAGACACUGCAGGCUGGAGCCUGUCUGCAUGUACCAACACCAGCCUGAGACCGACAGGAAACAUACCCAAAACGGCAGUUUGUUUCAAAGCUAAUACUGCAGAGAAACAGACACAAAUAAAACGUUUGUGACAGACUGGACGCCUGUUAACACAGGGAUGGCAGUAGAUUUGGACCAGAAUAUGUCACAAUCACAGCUCUUUCAUUCAGUAAGACAAAACCAAAGAUGAAUCAGUGUUGGCCAGUCACCUCGUCAGGGGUCAUCACAGUCAAAGCUUUGACUGGAGACUAAACAGAGACUGAAUUCUAACGCUGUGAAAUGAAGCCUUUUAAAGCUGCCAGGUGUCCCCACACACUACACUACAACUAAUCACAAUCUGUAUGUGCAAUAAUCUGAAUCUGCAUAUCCAUACCUAACUCUGCUAUUACAUACAUACAUGCAUACAUACAUACAUAUUUUUUGUGUGUCUGUGUUUAUGUAUAUAUUGUAUAUUUACAUAGUUUAUUUCAUAUAUUAUUAUAUCUGUUUACAUAUUAAACUGUUAUUUAAACUAUCCAUACUGUCAAUAUUCAAAAUAAAUACGACAUAUGAUUACAUUACACUUAUGUAAAUGUAAUAUAUAUAUUUUCAAAUAUUAGGAAAUGUAUAACUUGAAAAAAAGGAUAGAUUAAACUGUUAUAUGAACAAGUGAAAGGCAGAUAAUUAGUUCUGCUCCAAGGUUCCCACAUUUCUUGUCUGAAACUCCAUAAAGAGAAGCCCACCUUGGCAGAAAUGCUGUGCUCCUUCGACAGUUCUUUUGACGAUUUAGGUUUUUAAAAAAAUACUGUUUGUGCUAUGAAGUUUCCAACCAACUAAGAUGUCUGCAAACUUCAAUCUGACGAUUCUUGUGCUCCUCAAUAGUCUCACUUUGUAACCCGGCUCCACUGGGGCUCAUUAUUCAAAUUUCUCAGUCUAUAAAUAGAACUGCAGAUACUUUCUGGUACUGUUCGUGUUACUAUUUCCUGCUAUGAAAACUCAGGUUAGAUUCUUUAUAAAGAGAACCAGGGAGCAGCCUCUGAGUGAUUGCACCUCAUAAAACCUUCUCCUCCAUGGUUUGUGAUCUUACAGCCCCUUGUGGGGGAGGGGAGUCUGGGAAAAAACUGUUUACAUGGUAACAGAAAUGCAAAAAGAAAUACUACACUGUUGGAACUCCAGAGAUGGGCUCCAAAGGAUGUGGACUUCACAUGCCGGGUGUGGGCUGUGGGCAAGAUCUUUCAUUUUGAAAGACGGGUGAAGCCAACAAUUGGACUGCAUUAGUGUUGUAGUCACACAUCCAAGCCCAAGGAUUGAGGUUUGCAUUGCACCACUGCGAAUGUAACACCAACAUGAGACUGUUAUGAAGGGGAUUGACUGAGCAGACCACGUGGAUGUGAGAUAAGACGACCACAACUGCCUGCUGAAGAAUACAGAAGUCGAGCUGCUUCUGGAAACACAGGAGUGACACACAUAAUCAUCAGCAUGAACACACAUGGCUCUCAGAAGUACUGUUGGUCGUCUCCUCUCUGCUGGUCAAAGAUGUGCUGUUACAGCAUCCAGAGCCCAGAGCACCACUACUGCUGCAGCUCAGAUGGAUGCUGCUGAAGAAGUGAAGAAAUCGACCAAAGCAUCCAAGGUGCACUUCAACUGGCGAGACGCUCUAAACUUAGAGGGUCAGCUGACAGAGGAGGAGGUCAUGAUCAGAGACUCCUUCCGUGACUACUGCCAGGAAAAACUCAUGCCCCGCAUUCUGAUGGCCAACAGAAAUGAACAUUUUCAUCGUGAGAUAGUGUCAGAGAUGGGAGAGCUGGGCGUCCUCGGUCCGACUAUCAAAGGAUACGGCUGUGCUGGGACCAGUUAUGUGGCGUAUGGUUUGAUCGCCAGAGAGGUGGAGAGAGUAGACAGUGGUUACCGUUCUGUGAUGAGUGUCCAGUCUUCACUGGUCAUGCACCCAAUCAAUGCUUAUGGCACAGAGGCUCAGAAGGAGAAGUUCCUGUCAAGACUCGCUCGUGGAGAAAUCUUAGGCUGCUUCGGGCUAACAGAACCCAACCACGGCAGUGAUCCUAGCGGCAUGGAGACCAAGGCCAAGUUCAACCCAUCCAGUGACACUUUCACUAUCAGUGGAGCUAAGACCUGGAUCACAAAUUCUCCUGUGGCAGACAUCGCAGUGGUUUGGGCCAAGUGUGAAGACAACAGGGUGAGAGGAUUCAUCCUGGAACGUGGAAUGAAGGGUUUGUCUACCCCCAAGAUUGAGGGCAAGUUCUCACUCAGGGCGUCAGCCACCGGCAUGAUCCUAAUGGAUGAGGUGGAAGUUCCAAUGGAAAAUCUGCUCCCAAAUGUUUCUGGUCUGGCUGGUCCCUUUGGCUGUCUCAACAACGCCCGCUAUGGCAUUGCUUGGGGAGCUCUGGGAGCCGCUGAAUUCUGCUUCCAUGCGGCUCGACAGUACACUCUGGACAGAAUCCAAUUUGGAGUGCCACUGGCCAGGAACCAGCUGAUGCAGAAGAAGAUGGCAGACAUGCUGACAGAGAUCACCAUCGGUUUACAGUCUUGUCUGGCUCUGGGCAGACUUAUUGAUGAAAAGAAAGCAGCACCUGAGAUGAUCUCCAUGCUGAAGAGGAAUAGCUGUGGAAAGGCCUUGGACAUUGCCAGACAGGCCAGAGACAUGCUGGGAGGAAACGGCAUCGCAGAUGAGUACCACAUAAUUCGUCAUGUGAUGAACCUGGAGGCUGUCAACACAUAUGAAGGAACACAUGACAUCCACGCCUUAAUUCUGGGCAGAGCCAUCACUGGACUGCAAUCUUUCACCGUUGGAAAAUAAAAACGUUUAGAAAGGCUUUGUAAAAAUGAACUAUUGAACCAGGGCUACCUCUUCAUUCACCCUCCUUGAAGUGCAGUCUGUCUGGACAACACUGAGGUUCCACUGAGGUGGAAACCUCAGUGGCCAAUACCUCAUCACAUUGACACUAUAUUUAUGUUUCAAACUAAUGAAAGAAGCAGAUGCUAUUGAGCAUUGAAUUCAGAACUGAAGUCCAACUGAAGAGAGACAUGAUGUAGAGUUAGUAAAUCUGAUAUAAAGUCAACACAGGGGCCAAGCAGUUGGAGCUUCAGUAGAUGAUUCAGUUUUGUGAGCUUUUUAUCUUAAUUGCAAAUAAAUAAUUCCAGACCCUAAGACUACUGUGUGUUGUUAUGCUAACUGAAAAGUGAAGCCCAUAAGUGUGAUAGAGAUAUGGGUAAUAAGGAAGUUGUUGUGAACCCACAUUAUAGAAGAUGAUAAUCAAUCUAAAUUUAAAUUUUUUCAAAAUGUAUUAAUUUAGUAAGAAGGUGCAUUGAUGUCAGCUCAUUAUUUGUACUAAAAUACACAAGAUGGAAAAAGCCAUUUGUUUUUGUUUUCAUUCAUCCAUCUCCUACCACCUAAUCCAUGUCAAGGUCAUGAAGGGAGUUUGAGCCAAUCCCAGCAGUCAUCUAGUGUGGGUGGGGUUGAACCUUGGACCGUCAGUCCAUCACAGGGACAGAGAAAGACAAAAAAACAAUUAAAUUAACCCAGAAAUCUGAAACCUGUGGUUCUACACUCUCUAAUCGCUCUACACACAUACAUUCAUCAUACACAAGGA